ACAUCAUGGAUACCAGGGAAACACAGUUCUCUGAUGAGGAACCCAUCCAUGUAAACCAUGAACUCUCAGCAAUUUCAGGGGAAAACGAUAUCGAUGAAUCUUCUGAACAGGACAAGCGAGACAAAGCCGAGUGUAUUGAGAAAUGUAUUAAAAACUCAUCCUUUCAAGACAAUUACCAAAUAAUCAGGGAGAUUGGUUCUGGAGGACAGGGCACUGUAUCUGAAGUCCGGAAAAUUACAGACGAUAGACGAUGUGCAAUGAAAUUAGUUCCAAUUGAUCAAAGUGACUUUCAGGCUUGCAAAUAUAAUGAAUCAAAAAUCUUACACAUAUUAGAGUCCCAUGAAAAUAUUGUCAGUUAUCAUACAUCACAUGUAUUUGAAACCUCAACAACAAAUGCUGGAAAUUCUGAUGUAAAAACAAAAUAUGUUGCAUGCUUAAUGAUACUGAUAGAGCUUUGCGCUGAAAGCUUAGAGGAUAUGAUAAGGAGCGGUGACAUGUAUGCUAAUGAUGGAAGAAGGUGUAGAAUACUUCUUGAUAUUUUGAAUGGAGUGCUAUUUAUUCAUGAAAAGAACUUAAUUCACCGAGAUCUCAAGCCAGCAAAUAUUUUAAUUGGUAAGGAUGGCAGGGCUAAAAUUUGUGAUUUUGGCUUUGCUAGGAUCAGAAACCGAAGUUUGGAGGGGGAUAUCCCAGAUUCUGAAAGGAAUGCACGCCCUUCCUCGGAUAUAGGAUCAAUUUAUUACAUGGCACCAGAGGUAAAAAAGGAAAGUUAUUAUCCCUACGACAGAAAGGCAGAUUUUUAUAGUAUUGGAUUAAUUAUAUAUGAAAUGUAUGUUAAAAUGGAUGAGAGUGUAAAGGCUCGUAAAUUUGACCAACUCAGAACUGGAAAUUUUGCCCCUCUAGAAGAUAUCAACAAUGAGAAGGUACAAGACAUUGUAGAAAGUCUAUUAAGCCAUGAACCAUCCUCUCGUAUGGAACUGAAUGAAGUAAAACAAGCUAUUGAGUACCUGAUGAAGAAUUAUAAUACUGUAGAAGGAAAUCAGGUGCCGGUACUGCAUCAAGCAGGCACCCCAGAGGAAAAGUAUCCUGGUCCCCAAGGACGACAAUCAAUGGAAAGACAGAACAAUGGUAAACUAGAAAUAUUCUGA